UCUUUAUCUCUGUAAACAUCUCUUCUUUCUAUCUCUCUCUCUCUGCGAUGGGUUUCCUGACCGAUCUAAAGGAGCUUGAGAUUCCGGAUUACAUAGUUAAGAUACUUCACGUCUUAGGUUUCUUCAGAGACAUGCUCAACGCUCUCUGUCCUUACAUCGGUUUACCCCAGUUUUUAGACGAUGGCGUUCCUCGACCCGGCCCGAUCAUACCCGACAACACGGCGGCGACUCUCGCUUACGAGGUUUCGCCCGUUGUUCGUUUCUCGGAUCUUCAGACCGAUCUCGAAGACUGCUGUACGGUUUGUCUCUCCAACUUUGCAUACGAUGAUAAAGUUAGACAGCUUCCGAACUGCCGACACGUGUUUCACAAUCGUUGCAUGGACCGUUGGAUCGUCGACUGUCGCAAGAUCACGUGUCCGAUUUGUCGAGACCGGUUCUUACCGGCCGAAUAUUACGCGCGGAUUAAUUCCGGUUUUGGUUCGGUUUGGUACCUUGAUGAACCGGAGAGUACCACUAAUACCAACUAAAAUGGUAGCCUUCCACUUUACGUAGUAUUUUUAAGACUUUUGCAUCUGUUCUUUAGAUAUUAGUAUCUGUCAGUAUUCUGUAUUGGGUUGUAAUUUUGUAACAAUAAGUGAGAAGACAUUAAACUUUGGUAC